AUGGAAACACCUUUGGUAAUACAAAGCUUCACUUCAGAAAAUGAUUAUUUAGCAGUGAAAAGCUUGAAGGAUUUGAAACAUGUUUUGUGGAGUGAAACAUUGAAAAUAUGGAAGAUAGCAAUUCCAGUGGCUUUGUCUUUACUUUUUCAGUUUCUCAAUAACCCUUAA